AUGAGCUCAGAGCACAAAAUGAGAAUUUACAGCGCGAGAUCCAGCAACUACGUUCUUUCUUUGUUCAAUCAUGAAGAGGGUUUUCCAGAUGUUGUAAAUCGGCUCCAUCUGCUCGGGCCUGGUCCAGAAUAUUCCCAAACUCGACAUUUGUCAAAGUCAAGUAAUAUUUCUCGACCACCGCAUUUCCUGCUUGAGAACACACGAGCGUUUUACCUGCGUGGGGUGACAGACUUUUCAAAAUUUUGGUCAUCAAUAUGGCCAAUAUUCAUGGAGAAACAGUUUCUUUCUGCCUUCCACAGGGUUUUCGAUCUUGUUGAGACCCACGACCCUAACCUGUCACCUUCUGACUAUGUUAUCCUGAGACAAAUAUUUCUUGUCCUCUCUAUUACAGCGUGGCAGAAUCGCUCACCCACGGAGUGCAAUUCAUACUACCUCAAUGCCUUGGAAUGUUCCCGGUUAACAACCGCAUCCGAAAACGAGGGCCUUGCAGGACUUCAGUCCCUGCUUUUGACUUGUCUAUAUCUUCAGCUCACACGGAAACAUGAGGAAUGGAUUCAGACAGCUGGUCAGGCUGUUCGUCUCGCGCAAUCUCUAGGACUCCAUCGGCAUUCUAGGCGUUUCCGCUUUUGCGCUGGGGAAAUGGAAUUAAGAAAACGGAUGUGGUGGUGCGUUUACGCAGUGGACGUCGCGUGCAGCGUAGUACAUGGCUUGCCGAAGCUGAUCCAAGACGAUGACGUGGAUACCGACCUGCCUAUUGACACGGAUCUCGACGAUGUGACUGCCUCUGACAUACCGCUCCCGCUACCGGGAGAGACAACAAGCAUGGCUACCUUUAUCCUUUACGUCAAGCUGCUCAGACUUUUCUCUAGCUGCCUCAAGUCGCUAUAUACCACUACUAAGCGGCGAAAUGGUGUCGCCAAAAUUACCGCAUUGGACCACGAGCUCUCGGUGUGGCACCAUAGCGUAGUCCGAUUCCAAGGCAGUGGGAUGAAAGAGAACGACGAUGCUCUACCGGACACCCUUCACAUCAAUUCAUCAGGUCAAUCGUUCGAGACACUGUUUCUACACUUCUUAGGAAACGUGGCUGUUGUGCUAAUUCACCAGCCAGCAUUGACAUUUGACCCGAAACACCCCCAAUUCAUGAAGAGCUUGUCAAGAUGCGUUCGUGCAGCACUCAAUAUACUCGGCCUUUUGGAAAGCAGUCAUGAUGGCCAACGACUUCAUUGUCUUUUUCCGAACAAGUCAUCAAUAGUCUUCCAGUCGACGCUAUUGUGCUUCUACCAUCAAUGGAUGUGCAUAUCAUUUUCGUUAACACCAAGUCACAAUCUCAACCCACUGAUGGGUAGGAUAGUAGAUACUGCCCUCAAGCUGCUCGAUAAGCACAAGGCGGAACUGGUUGCUCCUGAUACCGGGCCAAACACAUGUAUUGACAUCGAAACUAUCUCAGCUGCUGAAGACCUAGUUCGAUUGUUUUCCAGACGCUUGGAUAAUGCAAGACAUGCGUCUGUGUCAAUUGAAGGGACUCCUUCUAUGGCCCAAAAUUCUCUUCCAACAUCAACAUUCCCGCCGCAAGCUGAUCUGGGUGGCCAUGAACCGGCGAAUUUCGAAAGUGAGUCACCAAUGGCGACGAUUCCUCUUGACUUUGGAAUAUGGGAUCACGAUAUCCUCGAUUUUGACUGGCCUUGA